AUGAAUAAUACCACGUUUAUGGCUAAAUUACCGCCGCGUCCGACCAUGUUGUCGAUAUGGAGCGUGAUCCAAUCGGUGACCCUGGCCAUCUGUAUCCUGGUGUACAUCCUCAACGGUUUCAUGUUCGCACUGUACCUCCGUCACCGCCACCUGCGCACCCCCUUCAGCGUGUACCUCUUAACCGUUACCGGCGGGAACCUCCUCAACGCCGUCUUCAACAACCCGCUGCUCUUUGUCCUCCGCGACGCCACCAUCACUGGCAACGGGACCACCUUCUGCAUGGUGUACUUAUACUUGAAACAGACCGUCGGCACGGCGUUACCGGCCUUCCACAUGCUGAUCGCCUUGAACCGCAUCUGGGCCAUGUGCUACCCGUUAUCCUACCGCCAGCGUCACACCCGGGGUUUCGCGGGGGGUGUGUGCGUCGUAACCUGGAUGGUGAUCCACGCCGUGAUCGUCCCGGGACUAACCAUGGAGGGCCUGUACUUCCGGACCCCGGGGAACAAUUUCCUGUGUACGUUCAGCACGGGGGACGCGCGGAUGGAGGCCUGGAGUGUGACGGUGACGGUAGUGCUGAGUAUUGUCCCGGAGGUGACCAUCCUGUGCUUCUAUCCCUUCGCCGUGGGGAAACGCGUGCAACGGUCAAGGAAAGUGCGGGAGAUGACGAUCGUGGCGCCCAGUGUCCACGGUACCGGGAAACUCGCCACGGACGAUGAUGCGGCUGGGACGGUGCGGGCGGCCAAGCGGUCGUUCACGGUGCUGACGCUGCUGACUGUCAGCGCCACGGUGUGCUGGACGCCGACCAAUGUGUACUUUGUAGCGAUGAAGUAUUUCAAUAGUUUCCUCUUUAUGCAGAUUGCGGUGACGUUGAAGCUGCUGCACACGGCGAUCGAUCCGCUGUUGUUUAUGGUAUCGUUGCAGGAUCUGCGACGCGCUGCUCGAAACGCUCUGUGCCUAAGUGCUGUUUAG